UUAAACACAAUUUUUUUUAUUGAAGUUAAUAUAAAAACGCUGAAAUAUUUAAAACCAAAAUUGAAUUUGUGAAAGCUGUGAAUUUUGCAUACUGGCAAAUUUGGAAUUGUUUUGAAAAAAUGCAAACUGUUGUCGAUUACCAUGGCAGCAACAAUAGCAUUGGUAAUAGCAACAACAAUAGUAAUGGUAGCUCCACUACAACAACAACAACAACGACAACAAUCGAAACAAUUGGCACACAUAGUGAAGUUGAUUCCGGAAAAAUUGAUGCAACAAAUGCGGUAGCAUUAACUACACCACCAAUUGUUGCUGCUGAAGACAAUGAAGAGCCAAAUAUACUACGACAACGUAUAACAGCAGCUAAAUCGACAACAAUUGCCACAGCAAUAACAACAACGAAUGCAACAAUAACAACAACAACUACAACGAAUUGCAGUUUACCAGAUAUGUUCACGCAUAAAAAUGGUAAUGCAUGUAUGAUUGAUGUUGCUGAAUAUUUAGGCAGCAAUAUUAUUAAAAUGUCUGCAACGCCAUCACCAUCACCCGAAGGAUCGCCCAAAGUUUCACUUACCAAAAAAUGCCUCACUACACAUAUGAUUCCAACGCUAACACCAGUCACUGCAACAACUACAACAAUACCAGCAACAGCAACAGCAACAGCUGCAGUAAGAGCCACUGCAAUAGUAACACAAGCCAUCGAAACUAACACAAUCAUUACUGAUACCAAUAAUAUUAACAAUAGUCCGACAUCUUCCAAUUCGAAUUCGAACUCCAACUCGAACUCAAGCACAUCUUCUGUGAUUGCCACGCCUGUGCUAACACAUAAUGGCAAAGAGACUGAUUGCGGUGUUGGCUUAAAUAAUAUACGUCGUUCAACGGAACGUAACGAAAUACUCGCAACAAAAGUACUUCCAUUGUCAUCAAAAUCGAAUACAUUUGAUGCAUACGAUAAAGCGGGCCAUGAUCUUACUGCUAUUAGCACAAAUAAGGAAUUUUUUACACCCAUCUCACCGUCACCCUUAUCCUCAACGAAUUCAGCAGCAACACCAAGUUCACCAGCCUCAUCAACCACCACAAGCGUAUCAUCAUCGUCUUCAGUUAACUCCUCAACUGUGGCUGUCUCCAGUGCAACUAUAAACUCCAAAGUCAAUAAAACUAUUGAUGAGGAAUUAUUGCACUGGAAUGAUAUGCCACAAUAUUUACAAUUUAAUCCAUACGUACUCAAGGGUUACCGUCCAUUACAAACGUUCAAGGGUUGUCUAUUCAGUUUAUUCUAUUGGCACAACGAAACUAUCAACAUAUUAACUCAUGAAUUAACUUUAUCUGCUCAAUCAGCUGAGUAA